AUGCCUCUGGAUCAAAACUCUACUCUUUGGACUGACUAUCUCGACGAUUUUUGGUCCAAAGUUGACGAGAAUCAGAUGAAUCAAACGUUUGGUGGAAAUGCGAUAAAGCAGGCCAACUUCUCGCCUGAUUUUAUUGGUCAUCGUGCUAGAGUAUUCCAUCCCCAAUUGGCUUAUCAUGAGGCAAUAUACAAGGAGAUUGCAGAUCAGUACAUGGCGGACAUUGGCUUCAAUAUCAACCCAGUAACUGUAUUAUCAGCCGUUUCAACAAGUACAUCCACUCCCCAACCAUCUUUCUCGCCCUCAUCGACUUCAUCGCCACUACCACUCCCUCCAGCUUAUGAUGCUGGCACAUGUUGCUUCCAUCUCAUCGAGCGAGAGAACUGUAAUCCAAUUACCAAUAACUUGUACGCAAAUAUCACGCUCCGUGACAACAACGGGAAAGUCAUAUAUCAGACACCAGCAUCGUAUUUUCUCAACAAAAGGCUGGGUGAUCCAAUAAAUGUUGGGAACGGCACAAAUGUACAAGGCCCUCUUCCUAUCCCGCUUUCUAUAACUGGAGAGCAUGAGAACGACUAUGUUCAAUUUACAUAUGGAACUUUAAGCUGGACAAGUAAGAAGGCUAACGGAAAGGCUAAAUUUACCAAUGAUGGUUGGGAUCCUCGGGGUGGGCCUGGAUGUGAUCAUAAUCUCCUUGCUGCAGAUUUACCAGCAGAGAACCAGAUGGAUUGCUGUUUCCCAUGUUAA